AUGACUGCGUCCACCGAGACGCUCCUCGCCCGCAUUCUUGACGAGCUCACCGAGCUCACGGUCAAGAACUCGCACCUCGAGGCCAAGGUCGACUCGCUGCAAAACGCAGCAGCGCUCCCAUCACCCUCGUCGUACGCUCGCCGUCAGAGCUCUAGUGGGUUCACCGCUCUCGGCGCGCAUAGCUUCUCCCCGUCUCAGCCAGCCGAUCAGUUCGCCUUCGGUACAUCUCCCCCACCGCAGCCCCUCGGUCCGCCCGCGCAUCCUCUAGGGGUCCCACAGACCAAUGGUCCGAGCCCUAUCAGCACUCCCGACCUGGGCGCCAAGAAGCUCCCCGUCAACGGCGCCUCCUCCCCUUCCCAAACGGCAACCACCACCUCGACAGCGGGCUACUACUCCUCGCGCGUCAUCCUCACGACCUACCCAGGUCAAGUCGGGAUCAAGCCCCUCCCGCUCAACUGGGCUGCCACCGACUUCAAGCAGCGUGGACCCAUCGUCGCCAGCCGACACCCGAACAGCAUCCGCGUCCGCAACGCAAUCGGCGCCUACGGUGGCUCCUACUCCAUCUACCGCUCACUCGCCAUCGCCAUGGGCCAGCUCAACCCGAACCAUCGUCCCGACUAUACGAAUACCGAACCGCCAUUUGACAUCCCCCCGAACCCGUCCUGGUUCGACCCCACCAAGAUCGUCGCCAUGGACCCGUGGGGGCAUCUCGCGCCGCAGGUGUUCCGCGGCGAGUUCGAUGCCGGUGUUGACAUUCGACCGACCGCAUCGCUGACCAAGGCGCACAUCAAGAUGCCCGAGCUGGACAAGGCCCAAGCCUCAGGGGUUUUUCCAAUCGACGGCAAGAUCGUGCACAAGUCGAUCCGGUUGCCGGGUGUAGCGGCGGAUGUGGACCCGGGCUGCGAGGUCAGUGUCAGCAAGGCAGCCGUGGAUCCCGUUUGGUACCUGCCUGGCGUGGCCGAGCGUCUUGGCGUAACGGAGGGCGCGCUGAGGAGGGCGAUCUUCGAAGACACCGGUGGAUCCUACCCCGAACUUCUCACGCGACACGACCUCAAGGUCUUCCUCCCCCCCAUCGCCGGUUUGACCGUAUACAUCUUCGGCCGACCGGAAGACCUUCGUGAUCCAACCAAGGAGGUAACCGUUCGAAUCCACGACGAGUGCAACGGCUCUGACGUCUUCGGCUCGGACAUCUGCACCUGUCGACCCUACCUGCUGUUCGGCAUCGAAGAAUGCAUCAAGACAGCCCAGCGCGGCGGGGCGGGAGCAGUGAUCUACUUCCGCAAAGAAGGUCGUGCUCUCGGCGAGGUGACCAAGUACCUCGUCUACAACGCGCGCAAACGUGGCACCGACUCGGCAUCCAACUACUUCAAGCGAACGGAAAACAUUGCAGGCGUGAAAGACAUGCGCUUCCAAGCACUCAUGCCGGACGUCCUGCACUGGCUCGGAGCGACCAACAUUACGAAUUGGAUCUCGAUGAGCAACAUGAAGCACGAUGCGGCGGUCAACAGCGGUAUUACGAUCAAGAACAGGUACGAGUUGCCAGAGGAACUUAUUCCCGCAGAUAGCAGGGUCGAGAUCGACGCCAAGAUCCAAGCGGGCUACUUUAGCGCCACGAAACAGCUCACCGAGGCCGACCUCGAGCAUACCGUAGGGAGGGCUUGGGAGGAUAUCGACCAUUGA